AUGUCGAACGAGUCACCGGAGCCGAUGGACUUGGACUCCCAGGAGCCUGAAAAGAGCGAGAUGCAACUUGCAUAUGAGGAGGCCAAGGAGGUGGCAGCUAAAGGCGAUAACGAUAAGGCUAUCAGCAUGUUCGAGAAGAUCAUAGCCAGACUUGAAUCGGAACCGAGCACCGAUACCGUGAAGUGGGCCGAGAACUCCAUCUACGCCAUGGCCGACUGCCUUGUGGCUAAGAAGGACUCUUCGAGACUCUUUGGGCUGCAGAAGGAGUUGCGUCCUGUGCUGACCUUGAUGGCUAAGGCGAAGACGGCUAAGAUUGUUAGGACGCUCAUAGACAAGCUUGCUGAAAUCGAUGGGGCGACGGACCUCCAGAUAAAGGCCUGCGAGGAGUGCAUCGAAUGGUGCCGUGAGUCGAAGCGUAGUUUCCUGAGGCAUCGGGUGGAGACACGGCUUGCCGAUUUGGAGCUACAGAUUCAUCAGUACAAUAAGGCGUUGGAGAUUCUGACAGGACUCGUGAAGGAAGUGAAAAAGAUUGACGAUAAGCUGCUGCUUGUGGAGAUCUACGUCAUUGAGACUAAGGUUCACUUCGCCCUCCAGAAUAUACCCAGAGCUAAGGCGUCACUCACUGCUGCUAAGACCAAUGCUAAUGCGAUCCACUGUCCUCCCUUGAUGCAGGCCGAGAUGGACUUGCUCAGUGGCGUUAUCAGCUGUCGAGAGAAUGAUUAUCGUACGGCGUAUUCGUACUUCUAUGAAGCCUUCGAGGCCUUCAAUCUUCAACAUGAUAAGGUUCGAGCGGAACAAGCCUUGAAGUACAUGGUACUAUCACGGAUCAUGGGAGACCAACCAGGAGAGGUCUUCAACAUCCUUAAAGGCAAAGCUGGACUUAAAUACGGCGGAGGGAGAUGUUUCGAAGGCCUCGAGAAGGUGGCUAAGGCACACGAGCAGAGGAGCUUACAUGAUUUCGAACGUACCAUGCAAGAGUACAAGAAGGAACUAGGAGAUGAUGAUGCUGUUCUGAAGUACCAUUUGACAGAGCUCAACGAGAGCGUUUUGGAACAGAACUUGCUCAAAAUCAUAGAGCCGUUUGAUCGCAUUGAAAUAGAGCAUGUGGCGAAGCUCAUCGACCUGCCGCUCCGUCGUGUUCAGAAGAAGUUGUCGGAGAUGAUCCUCGACGAGACCCUGUUGGGAACUCUGGACCAGGGCAUAGGCGUAUUGGUAGUGUACGAUGAGUUAGAGGUAGGCCGAGGAAGGCUAACGGUGUGUUCAACAAUCGACGCCUGCUCGAACGUAGUGGAUUCCUUGUACACCAAGACUACUACGAUGCUAUUCGGCAAUGGUGGUCCGAAGGCUAAAGAGGCCGAAGUGGCAGCCAAGACCAAGGGAGCAUAG